AUGGCAGAUAAGAGGACGAGAAGAAGGAGCUUGCGCAUCUUUCAUCCUCGUACCAGCACGCCAGAUAUAACACCAGCACCAUCAUCGCAACCUAGCCCGGUCGAGUUCCAUCGCGAGCGGUCGGAUGGAAGCGCGUCUACUGAGGAUGCCAGUCCCAAGGCACGUCCGCGCAUGCUUAGCAGAGCAAACCGGAAUUCAGUCUUUGGGUCACUAAGAUCGAAACAUUCAUUUGACGACGACGAGAAGACUCUGCUCAAGCUCGACUCCAAGUCCUCCUCUCUACAUGAUCAUGUCGACUCUCCUGGCAAGGGCAUCUUUGGCGAUGUGGUCAAGAAAGCUGGAGAGGUGCAGGUGACAGGGACAUCUAUCUUCAAGAGGAACAGAUACUUUAUAGUCUUGACUGAGUCUCAUCUCAUUCGCUUCAAGAGCCAGGCGAGAGCUGCAGAAAUGUUCCCCAUCAUUCCAAACAACAACAAGGGUUCUCUACCGAGAAGCAGUACCAUGCCGUCUGUUGGCUCUCUGACCGACAUGCAAUUGAGCGCGUAUACGGAUAUCACGCAGGGUGUACCGCUUGACGAAGUAAUUGCAGUCUACAAGAUCGAGGACGGCAGACCCUAUUUUACAAUCGAGGUAUCUUAUUUGGACGAUAGAGGGAAGAGGACAUCUACACUGCAGAUGAGCUUGAAUUCGCCACGAGAAUCAGAAGCCUGGGCUGCGGCCAUUCGCGAGCACGCAGCACUGCGAAGAUCACAACGUGUCCAAACAUACCACCCGAAGACUCUCGAGUAUUUAGCUCGUGCUGUCGGCAAGGAGCGCGACUACGAUCCCUCUCAAUUUCGAGUUUUCAAGGUUGUACAGCGUUGUCCGGUCCGAGCUGCCGGUCGUCUCACUAGCGAAGACAUAUCGAAAAGCUCUUCUAGUGUGUGUUACCUCGUAAUUGGCACCAACCGAAUACAUUUCGUUCCGAUACCGAAGACAUCCGGUCGAUCUUCUUCCACCUCUUUGUCCGACAUGGACACCCCGAGCUCCUUCGGCAUCACCAGUAUUACUUCUAUUCGAUUCCCUGGUUACGACGAUGUUUUCGAAAUUUACUUCCGAACCCCGUUGCGACAACCAUACACGGCUGCACUGGCUUCCUACGAUGCGCCACAGAUUGUGCUCUGGUUACGAUACGCAUCUGAGUACAUACGUCCAGCAUGGACUGUGCAGCCAUUUGUAUUCGAUGUGCCGAAAGGACUGGAGGAUCAAAUGGAUCCUCCUACAUUCGACCUGAGCAGCGACGACCAUGGCUACUUUGACCGAACCUUGACUGCAUUCUGUGCAGCUUUUGAGGUGGAGCCAUCCCGGAUCUACUAUUCUGUAGACUACGAAUGUGAGGAUGCGCCUUGUUUUCGCCUACUGCCACCAGUCACGGGUAACCUCUAUACUACUAUGGAGCUACUUGCUGUUUUUCGAGCACUUCGCUACAACGAGUCAUUCGCCUCGAUAUCAUUCGCCAAUAUCAAUCUAUGCUCUUUGCGUACCGUCUACGAUCCCUUUGCUGACACGGAGGACAUUCUGUGCACCAGGUCUGGUGUGCUUCUUGACGUACCCGAUCAUGCUAACCUGUCUGUGCUACAGCAGGAGAUACGAGCAUUGGCUUUGAAAAGCCGAAGACUUCGACGCUUCGACUUCUCGCAUUCUCUUCCUUUAGCUAAAAACGGGAAAGUGAGCUGUGGUAUACCUGAGGCAUUGACACCACUGAUGAAAAAGUCUUGGACGAAUGUUGACUUUGUUACUUUGACUGGCAUAAGGCUCUCUGAUCACGAUAUUGAAUACCUUGUGGAUGCUGCAUCGGAACGGCAAUGCCAUCUACGGGCACUUGACAUCGGAGAGUGUGGCUUGUCUGUUCAUGAUGCUGAUGUAUUAUUAUCGACGCUUGGGGUGCAUGACAACACUAUGGAAGUGUUAGAUCUAUCCGGUACACAAGGGCGUUUCAGCCCCGAACUUUUUCAAAGAGCCAUUGGCGCAUUCAGUCGGAUACGUCGGCUCAAUCUGACACGAGUUCAAAAGACGGCCGGACCUGAACCACUGAUAGCACCGGAAAUUUUAUUGAGUUGGCGUCUCGAAUCACUACACCUCAACGGAACCAAUCUUAACGAGCAAAGUGUUGAUACGAUUUCGACCUAUCUAGCCAGUCCGAAAUCGAAUGUUUUGAGAGAGAUGUCCCUCAAUCAGUGCGGGCUGACUGGCAAGGAUUUGGCAGUACUCUUCAGGUCGAUGUCACGAGAAGAGGGAGCUGCUCGAAAUAUGCAUGUUAGUGCAUCAGAAAAUAGGCUCGGCCACGGAAGCUCGUUGCUUUGCCAGUGCAUUGCAGAAAACCACGCCCCUGUGUCGAUCACAAUGCGAAUGGUCGAUUUCGAGAAGGAGUACCAGUUCAGAGAACUAAUGGCGGCAUUGGCUAGAAACACGACUGUCAGAAGCCUUGACAUUUCGCAGGCAUCUUUGCCAUAUGAUGCGAGCAUGGAGACCUGCGAGGCAUUGAAAGAAAUGUUUGCUCAAAAUCAGACAUUAGAGGAGUUGGAUAUUAGCGGCGACGUCGCACAUCUUGACGUUGCAAAAUUUGGUAUCGGUUUAAACAUAGCACUUACAGGCCUCGAACAGAAUACAGCAUUGAGGUUACUGCGAAUCGAACAUCAAAGUCUCGGUCUGCAGGGUGCUAGCACCCUUGCUGGAGUCAUCGAAGUCAACAAAACUCUGACUGAGAUUCAUUGCGAGCACAACGAACUCAACUUGCAAAGUUUCACCGUCCUCGUCAAUGCACUACAAAGGAAUAACUCGAUAAUAUACCUUCCAGCUCAGGCAGCGGAUCGAGCAAAAUCCAUUGAAAGGGUCAAAGAAGAAUUCGAAGCGCUCGAGAAGGCCGAAGAACCAAAGUCGCCGCGCACCAGCACACUGAAGAAAUCAAUCAAUGUGUUCACGCACCCCGUCUCCCACCACAGACGCCAGAGCAGCACCAUAAGCAGUCAGUCGAAUAACUCCUUUACUCAGCACGACGUGAACGAGACAUUGGCAGCUUUGGAAGAGAAAUGGAACAUGCAAGUUGUCAGACUGCAGCAGUAUCUGCUGCGCAAUUAUCAGCUAGCGACAGGAUUGACUGCAGAAGAAAUCGUGGGUCAAAGUCAAAGUCAAGCCAAUACACGACCUAGCACAGCAAAUUCGUUGGCGAAAAUGCUAGCUCAGGUGAAUUUUGAUACACAACCAUCAGCGACAUGUGCAGAAACAGGCUUGGGUAUAGAUAUCAACCGUACAGAAAGCCCUGUGCAGCUCGACGAGAAAGGCAACAAACAAAGAUGGGCCAUGGUAUUUACGUUGCCAGAGGACUAG